CAUCCUCCUGGUCCAUUGCUGUCCACAGUUGUGAUAAGGCGAGUCUAAUCCUCACCAAAUUGUUCAUUUGGAAGUGGUCGAAUCACGAAACCAUGUUGGAACACAUCACAGCAAGUGAAGUAGCCGGUUAUGGAGUCGGUGCUCUUCUCCUAUGUGCCACCGUUUCCGCCCCUAAGAUCGAUUCUUUCAUCUCUGCUUCCCAACGCAGCUCAUUAGGUAUGUGUAAGAGAUGUGGUGAUCUGAAGUUGAUUGCAUGUUCAAAUUGCAAAGGUUCUGGAUCACUGAAACAAGGUGGCAUGUUUAGUUUCAGCCUUCCAGAUGACGUUUCUUUUGUGGGUGAGUCAAAGACGAUCUCUUUAUCGUGCAACAAAUGUCGAGCCAGAGGACACUUCCCCUGCCCCGACUGCUCUAAACCACCCUACGCUUGAUCCUUUAUGGUUUAUGUGUUUUUUCAAGAUUCAUAUAUUAUCGUUAUCAGUUACAUAAACAAAAGUCUAGCUCUCGAUCAUAUAUCUCGUGAUCCUUGUAAUGUUGUAAAUGUAUAUCAGAAACUUCACAUAACAGAUUGAAAGAUUUCGGAUCCAUAAUGUUGUAAAGGGAGGACCGUGAAGCACC